AUGCCAGUCGGAGUUCUCGUACGGUGGAAUAACGAGAAGGGUUUCGGCUUUAUCCAGCCGGUCCAACCAGCAGCUGACAAUGAGGAUGUCUUCUGCCAUGUGUCGGACCUUCAAGAGGGAGAGGGCAGUGUGGUAGAGGGCGACACCGUGCUGUACACUGAGAAAUGGGACGACCGGAAGGGCAAAUACCGCGCCUCCGAAGUGGAGCUCAGUGCACCCGGAGAGCUCUCCGAAAUCAGUGCCGCCUCGAAGAGGAGGAGAGCCGCAGGAGGUGGGCGUGACAGAAGCCGGGAGAAGAGCCGUGAUCGUAGCCGUUCUCGAGGUCGAACUGGAGGAGGCGACAGAGGGCCAAAGCCAAAGCCGAAGAGCAACGAGCCCGGCAAGGAGGUUGGCACGAUGGUCCGUUGGCACAGCGACAAGGGCUUCGGCUUCAUCAAGCCUGACGACGGUGGUGAGGACUUGUUUGCCCAUGUCUCGGCCUUGGCAGACGGCGAUGGAAGCAUUCAGGAAGGGGACAAAGUUACAUAUGACAAGGAAUACAAUGAAAGAAAAGGUAAAGAUCAGGCCACCAACGUCCGGGCCGGCGCAGGCAGCGGUGGUGGCGGUGGAGACCGCGACAAGGAUCGCGACCGUGACCGUGACCGUGACCGUGAACGUGAUCGCGAGCGUGAUCGCGAGCGCGACCACGCGAAGAGAAGGAGGAGGAGGUCAUCGAGCAGCAGCCGAUCAUGA